UGAGUCAAAGAAUAAUCUGUCGACUGUCCCAAUUCCUUCGAUCCCUAAUUACCUUAAAGCUAACAGUCCACUGCUCUUCUUUCGAAAUUGAGCAAACGAAAUGAGAACCCGAAUAGGAGGAGGAUCCUGUUACAGUUUAUCAAUAGGAAUUGCACCAACAUGCUUUUCUCUUUUUCGUGGAAACCAAAGAAAUAUCCAUCAGACUCUUGUUUUCCUGAGGUCAGACCGAGAUUUUACUUCAGAGAAGCCAUUGCCCGGAAAAUACUCUAUCCAAUGCUCAGAAAAGCAAUCCCAGAAUGUACUUAGAACCUGCAAAAAUUGCAAGACCCAAUUCGACCCUUUACUCAAUCACCCCCGUGCUUGCCGUUUUCACACUGCUCAUUUCGGAGGAGAAACAAAGAGGAAGUUUGAGAGUGUAUAUACUGGGGGAACUAUGGACACCCCAGACUCUGGGAUGGUCUUUCAAUACUGGCAUUGCUGUGGUUCUGAAGACCCCUUUGACCCCGGUUGUACUGCUGCACCACAUGCUUCAUAUGAUGAUUAAAGCCUUGAUCUUUUGAUGGUAUGCAUCUUGGAGUAACUCAAACUAUUGUUAGCUUUUAGAUGAUUAUUUGGUCUGGGACAGUGUACAGAUAACAAAUACAAAUUAUUUCCUUUCACCGUAGUGAAGAAGAGUUCUAUUCAUCCUUCGUUGUCUGGUGUCUUGUCUACUAAUGUUUUUGUUUACGAAAAUUACAUAAUGCUUGGCUGGUUAUAGAAAACAAAUUAAUAUAUUUACCUCAGAAGUUCAUUGAUUAAGCUUUGAAGACCAUAGCACCAUGAGGCUGUAAUAGAA